CCAUCAAUAACAGCCCUCAGCGCCCUGUAGCUGUCACUGCUGCGGGAUCCUCCGGGGAGCGGGCAGAAGGUGACGGCAGUGUUUCUGGCAGCCUGCCGUCGGACCGAGCGUUUUCCCGGCUCACAUUUAUUCUAGCCCGCGCUACAUUAAGGGAGGGUCCUGCUGGGGGAGGAGGAGACAUGCCCUUCACCGCUUGGCGCAGUCAGUUCGCUGAUCGCAGUCAGACGUGGACGAGGUAAAGACCGGAAUGGUGCAUUUAUAUAGUUCUUUGUAAAAGCGUGGAAACCUGCGUCGGAUUUCCAUCUGUUUUCGGAUUAUUUUACGGUGGGUAAUAACAGUACAUGUCCGAUCGCAGAGGAAGGGCAACGGGAAAAUGCAGCACAGAGGUUGUUUGACUGCAGGUGGAUGGCCAACCUGACGGUCCCAGCCGCUGCUUCUCUGCCGCCGCUGCUGUCACGGCAGCCGCUGCAGCUCUGGUUUUAUCCGAAGCUGUGAAGACAAACUAAAACCAGAGAGAACCAAAUCGGACAAAUAAUCCGGAGCUAUGCUUCCUGGAGUCGGCGUGUUUGGCACCAGCCUCACCGCCCGGGUGAUCAUCCCGCUGCUCAAGAACGAGGGCUUCGCCGUCAAAGCGCUGUGGGGCCGGACGCAGGAGGAGGCGGAGGAGCUGGCCAAGGAGAUGAACGUGCCGUUUUACACCAACAGGAUCGACGACGUGCUGCUGCAUCAGGAUGUAGAUCUGGUCUGCAUCAACCUGCCGCCGCCUCUGACGAGGCAGAUCGCAGUCAAAACACUGGGUAUUGGGAAAAAUGUAAUCUGCGACAGGACCGCCACGCCUCUGGAUGCCUUCCGAAUGAUGUCAGCUGCACAGUACUAUCCCAAGCUGCUGAGCAUUAUGGGAAAUGUGCUGCGUUUCUUGCCUGCUUUUGUUCGAAUGAAGGAGCUGCUGGAGGAAGGGUACAUUGGAGAACUUCUGGUCUGUGAGGCCCAGGUUCACAGCGGUAGCCUCCUUGGGAAAAAAUACAACUGGAGUUGCGAUGAUCUGAUGGGGGGCGGUGGCCUGCAUUCGGUGGGCAGCUACAUUAUUGACCUGCUUACGUUUCUGACAGGCCAGCGUGCUGCCAAAGUCCACGGCUUCCUCAAGACCUUCGUCAAACAGACGGACCACAUCCGGGGCAUCCGUCAGAUCACCAGUGAUGACUUCUGCACAUUCCAGAUGGUACUGGAGGGAGGCGCCUGCUGCACCGUCACGCUCAACUUCAAUGUGCCCGGAGAGUUUAGGCAGGAGGUGAUAGUUGUGGGGACCGUUGGGAGGUUAACAGUCACAGGGACGGAUCUGUACGGACAAAAGAACAGCGGCGGUGGAGGAAGUGGUGGUGGUCCUGAACUUCUACUCAAAGACACCACGCCUCUUGAGAAGGCAUCCUUGCCGGAGAAGGCCUUCAGUGACAUUCCAUCCCCUUAUCUCACCGGGACGAUCCGCAUGAUCCAGGCUGUGCGGCAGGCUUUUCAGGACCAAGACGACCGGCGGACGUGGGAUGGGAGGCCUCUGACAAUGGCUGCCACUUUUGAGGAUUGUCUAUAUGCUCUUUGUGUGGUGGAUACAAUCAAGAAGUCCAACCAGUGUGGAGAGUGGCAGAAUAUUGUGGUGAUGACAGAGGAACCAGAGGUCAGCCCUGCCUAUUUGAUCAGUGAGGCCAUGCGACGGAGUAGGAUGUCACUCUACUGUUAGCAUCUGAAAAACUCAAAAUGGCACUGAUGGAAGUUUUUUUCACAGAGCUACCGGAUUCAGAUUAAUCCAUCGCCAGUUUUGUGUUGAUACUUUUAAAUUUGUGUUGUCACUGUUACAGAUUGUUUCCACAACAAUGUGCAGAGAGUUGUGGUUUCCCAGCCUCAGCAGUAGAGGAAAAGCAAUGUAAUUAAUAAUCAAAACUUUAUUUAUAAGGAAGCUUUUUUUAUUUCCAUUUCGAAAGUAGAUUUGAGCCAUUUGGGGAGACACUUUCAAAUCCAAUUCAUGCAACGGAAAGACCUACAGUGGAGGCACAUCAGGGAGUGAAACUACCUGCUGGUUAGCUGGUCGAUGAGUAGCACGCAUCCUCACAGGGAUUGGCUCAUAUUCUCCCAUUUCACCAACAGAUACUUGCAAUUUAAGAUGCUUUUCAGCACCCCGCUGGCUGCUUGAUCAAACAGUUAUUUGAGCCUCCUGUUUCUCAUUCUCUUCUGCAUGACUGGGUCUAGAAAGACAGCACCCUACACUGUGGGUCCGAGCAAGGACUGCCAAGGAAGAACGAUAGUCUUUUUGAAUUGUGCCACUCUGUUGUUGCUGUAAUCUGAAGUACUUUUACUACUAGUUUUACCAAGUGAAUGUUAAAAAAAAAAGUCAGUGCGCUUCAUAGUCAUGCUCUGUCUAAUCCUGUGUUUCUCCUUGUUUCUGUGUGUGAAACGAGAAAAAAGAAUCAAUAGUUUGGCUUUCUUUCCCCCAGAGGGCUCUGGUUUUCGUAUGCAAUAUAAACAGGCAGAAGGAGGGCUAGUCUCUCUUUCAGCCUGAAAUAAAGGGUUAGAAUCACUAUGGUAUGCCUUUAUGCAGUUCCAGUCGGCUGUGCAUCACCUGUGUGAUUGGUCAGCGUAGUGAUAUUUUGAUUUAUUUUGUGCGUUUUCUGCCAUCAU